GACAGAAACGAUAGUAGUUUGCAGCCAACUUGGGGGACUGACAGAAAGAUUUCUCUUAAAAGCUCCGAUUCCGUUCAACGGUUCAUUAUGUCGGGUCAAAACGCCCUAAACGCGAAGCAGCCGCCGAUCCAGUCGACGGCUGGCGCCGUGCCCGUUCGAAAUGAAAAAGGUGAAAUUUCGAUGGAGAAGGUGAAGGUGAAGCGAUAUGUCUCGGGCAAGCGUCCGGACUACGCUCCGAUGGAGUCGUCUGAUGAAGAGGAGGAAGACUUCCAGUUCGUUAAGAAAGGAAAGGAGGUGGAACCCGAGGUGGAGAUGGAGGAGGAGGAGAUGUCAGAUCCCCGUCUCAGACGUCUGUUAAACCGCGUGUCUGAAGACGCAGAAGAAAGGCUGGCUCGACACAGACAGAUCGCUGAACCUGAGUUGGUGGCGGAGAGCAGUGAAGAUUCCGAUGAGGGGGCGUGGCACCCGGAGCGUGAGGAGAGCACUGAGGAAGAGGAGGAAGUGGAUGAUGAGGAAAUCGAGAGGCGUCGCGCGCUGAUGCGUCAGAGAGCGCAGGAGAGAAAGAACGAGGAGAUGGAGAUGAUGGCGGUGGAGGAGGAGGGGAAGUCAGGAGAUGAGUCGGAGUCGGAGUCGGAGUACGAGGAAUACACGGACAGCGAGGACGAGACGGAACCGCGCCUCAAACCCGUCUUCAUCCGCAAGAAGGACAGGGUGACUGUGGCUGAGCGGGAGGCAGAGGAGCAGAAACAGAAAGAGCUGGAGGCGGAGGCCAAAAAACAGGCCGAGGAAAGACGGCGUUACACGCUCAAAAUCGUGGAGGAGGAGGCGAAGAAGGAGUUUGAGGAGAAUCGACGUACCCUGGCCGCGCUCGAGGCCUUGGACACGGACGGGGAAAACGAGGAAGAGGAGUACGAGGCCUGGAAGGUCCGGGAAUUAAAGCGGAUCAAACGGGAUCGUGAGGCUCGGGAAGCGCUGGAGAAAGAGAAAUCUGAAAUCGACAGAUUCCGUAACCUCACAGAGGAAGAACGCAGAGCCGAGCUCCGCAACAACGGCAAAGUCGUCACAAACAAAGCGACUAAGGGCAAAUACAAGUUCCUUCAGAAAUACUACCACAGAGGAGCCUUCUUCAUGGAUGAAGAGGAAGACGUUUAUAAGAGAGACUUCAGCGCCCCGACCCUGGAGGACCACUUCAAUAAGACCAUUCUGCCCAAAGUCAUGCAGGUUAAGAACUUCGGUCGUUCAGGUCGUACUAAAUACACACACCUGGUGGAUCAGGACACGACCUCGUUUGAUUCUGCGUGGGCUCAGGAGAGCGCUCAGAACAGCAAGUUUUUCAAACAGAAGGCAGGAGGCGUGAGGGAUGUGUUUGACCGACCCUCCGUUCAGAAGAGAAAGACCUGAGUGCACAUGCGUUUGAUAAAGAGACUGUUUUCACGAUCCCACAGUGAGAUCUCUGUGCAUCAGUGGAGAGAUUGGAAUCCUCAUCACAGAGAAAGUGGUCGUUAUGUUUUAGCGUUGUACAUCUGCAUCUGAUUCCUUUGUUCUCCUCUCUUUUCAUUUUUUUACAAUUGUUCAGAUGAAUUUCCUUUUGUAAAAAUGUUUUUCUGAUUGUAGAGCCUUUUAUUCCCUUUGUUAAUAAAUUGCGACUGUUGCAGUAUAAUUUAAAGGAGGAAAACAGCGAUUAAAUCAAAGAUUUAAUUUUUUGUGUCUUUUCUCAUAAGGAUA